AUGGAGCCCUCUUCAACGGAUGACCAAGGGGUGCACCUCACAGAAGUGAGGGUGGAGCGCGGGAAGCAGUUGGGCAUAUCCAACGACGAGGAAGACGAAGAGGAACAGCAGAAUGAUGCAACGGCCUCUGACACGAAUGCCGCUUCCACUCCUGCCAGUGACACCGAGCAGGACCGUGCGGACGAUGAGGACGCUGCUGACGAAGAGCGCGAAGAAGCAGACGACGAGGAAGAUGAGGAGGACGAUGAUGCGGAUGACAGCGACGAAGACGAGGAAGAGACGCCGGUGUACUCACUGCCACCACUGCCGCCCGUCCACACGCCAGCCAGGGUGCAGGGCAUCGCCACAGCGGAGGUGUACGGCAUCAUCAAGGAGCUGCGCCGCCAAAUGGACGACCCGGUGGAGCGAGCGCAUGCCAAGGCGAUGUUGCAGGGCGACACAGACGUGCUGCUGGCCGUCGCGCAGGUGCUACAAGAGGCGCACCUCCUCCGACGCUCCAAGGUGAACGACCACGGUGAUAUCGAAGAGGAGCUCGUCCCCCAGCCAGCGGCCGCGCGGCCGUCACUGCCCACUGGGUACAACAGCUGGAUUGUAGAGACUCCGGCACAUUCACGGAGGUGA